CCUACAACACCACCCUACAUAGCUUGUGUUUACAUGGUUUCCACAUGAGCAACCAACUAUCACUGCCAGUAGAGUAGGCAAUUACAACAAGGAUAAUCGUGUUUUCGGCCGCCUGAGUUACGAGACAAGACUCAGGAGUAUUUUAAAUAGGUCUAUUAUCGUCGCCACCCAUGUUCAUCGCACUCCAACACUGACCUCGUCUCUUGGAACCUAUGCGGAAUUGGGAGGACACGUUAGUUCUGGGGGUAUUUUCACAGUAGCUAGAGUCAGCAUCGAUCAGCCAUCUGCUUUCGCACUGCCUUGUUCAGCUUGAAUGAGCAUUUGCGACUUCACUCGUAGAUUGUUGUUGACUUAAAGAAUAAACCCUCACCUAUCAAACGUCUGAAACAAACACCCAAUCGCCGUCGUCGCUCGUCUACAUUGACGUCUACGUGGACGAGGAUUUGGGUGAUCAGCGGCAUACACACUGUAUCUUGUAUCUUGCUUUCAGGAGACAGAAGAAGCGCUUGUUACAUUUACGUCGAUAUUUGACGAUCCUUUGCCAUGGCGUACAACGAUGAUGCUGUCCUUGCCAAGCUCUCGUCUCUCUCUGAGACGCAAGACAGUAUCGUUAGCGUAGCUCAAUGGAUUAUGUUUUACAGGCGUCACGCAGACCGCACCGCCCAGCUCUGGCUGCAGAAACUGAAAGAUUCAUCCAGUCACAAACGCCUGAGCCUUAUUUACCUCGCAAAUGAAGUCGCACAGCAAUCCAAAGCCCGUCGCAAGGAAGAAUUUCUCGUCUCGUUUUCGCCCGCUAUCGCCGAAGCUGUUGCUGUUGCCUACAAGGGCGCACCGCACGACGUCCAGCAACGCAUCCGUAGAGUGGUUGACGUUUGGAGAGACCGUGGUGUCUUUGAAGGGCCUAUUCAACAAGCCGUCGAAGCCCGAAUCCAUGAUCUUGAUAAGGCUCGUGGCAGCACCAAGGCCGGACUUGGUGGUUCCAUAUUCGGUUCAGCUUCCGCAUGUCCAGCGGAGUUAACACCUCUUGUUGCGCCACAACAAAAUGUCACCAAGGUGGCCUUGAGCACAAAGCCUACGAUGACUUCUGCAAACAAAGACUAUGAUGGUCUCAUGGCCCCGGGCAGUACCGUCCCUUCGGCUCCGGUGUACGCUGCCCGACUGAGCGGUCUGCUCAAAACAUUAGCCCAAGCAGAGGGCGCAGUAGAGCAAUCAGUUAAGGCACGAAGAGAGCUUGUUAACCAGCUCCAAAAGCUUCUAGACGCAAACAGGAAUGCCUUGAUAGAAGAUGAGAACGAACUGGAGAACGUCAUGCAAAAGAGACUCAAGGUUGAAGAUAAGAAGGAGGAAAUAGAGAAGGCUAUCAUGGCCGGACUUCCAAAUGACGAGCCCUAUCCAACUGGCAAUGCUCAGGAGGAGGAGCCAGCUGUAGAGCUAGAUAGACCGGAAGUGGAGGCCUUGACGCCGCUGUCGAACGACGAAGACUUUGAACCAGAACCCAACCCAGCACCCGAGUGGUCGCCUGAAUUCCCGCCAGAAGACACGGAUUUCAGCCGCGUCGUGCCGACCAUGCAGACAACGUCCUCCAUAGGCUCGCCGUCUAAGUCUGUCGAGAUUUCAGCCAACGGUGCUAAGAAGCGACGCCUAGAAGACACGAGUGAUUUUCCCGAUCUGGGAGGUGACGGCAUCGAGGCUGACGUAGCUGAGAUACUGCGCAAGGAUAGUAGCAGCAACUAAGUUGACGAAAGGAAAACAUUCAAGAAACAAUAUUGUGGGCUAGGUGCUCAUAUUCCAAACUACACCUUCCAUCGAAAUGUACCUUCUGGUCAGUAUGACCAAGAGUGGACUUUUUAUUUUUUAUAUUUCUGUACAACUAUAGCGUGUUUU